AAAAAUUCCACAAUUUGACAAAAUUUUCUACGUUAGUUUUACCAGUUUUUUUAAGUAAAGGACAAAAUGAUUAAAUUGGGUGAUACAUUUCCUGAUUUUGAGGCUGACACGAGUGUUGGAAAAAUAAAAUUUCACGAAUGGUUGGGUAACUCAUGGGGUAUUUUAUUUUCUCAUCCACAUGAUUUUACACCAGUUUGUACUACCGAACUGGCGAGAGUUGUAAAAUUAAUGCCCGAAUUUAAAAGACUUGGUGUUAAAGUUAUUGCACUAUCCUGCAAUUCAGUGAAUUCUCAUAAAGAAUGGAUUAAGGAUAUUAAAGCAUACGGAGGUAUAAAAACAGAAUUUCCUUAUCCAAUAAUUGAGGACGAAUCUCGAAAAAUUGUCACACAACUCGGCAUGUUGGAUCCUCAAGAACUUGACAGUGCAGGAAUUCCUGUAUCUGCUCGAUCAGUUUUUAUUAUUGAUCAGAAUAAAAAAAUGCGGUUGUCCAUUUUGUACCCAGCAUCAACGGGACGAAACUUUGAUGAAAUUAUUCGUGUCUUGGAGUCACUUCAACUGACUGAUAAAUACAAGGUAGCAACUCCAGCUGAUUGGAAGAAAGGAGAUCCAGUGAUGAUACAACCAAAUAUUCCAGAUGAAGAAGCAAAACAAUUAUUUACAUCAUCAAUAAAUACAAUGUCAUUGCCAUCUGGUAAAAAUUACGUACGUUUAAUUGAUGAACCAACAAAUGCCUAAGAAUCUUAAAGAUAUUUUUUAAACCAUAUUUAAAAUUUUUAUUUUAAAAACUAUAUUUUUUCAUUUAAAUCACUAGUUUUUUUUAAAGAAAAAUUUCUA